AUGGAGCUCCAUCGAUUUUCACGAACCCAGAUGGUUUAUGUAACUGUCCUGUCAUUAUGUUUCCUGUACACAUAUACAAAUGGACAGAAAUCUCCCUCAACAAAAAAUAAGAUAGAAGAAGAUGUACAGGAAGUGUAUCAGCUCCCAAAAGAAGUAAUUGUGAUUGGUGCAGGGGCAGCUGGGCUGGCAGCUGCAAGAAAAUUAUCAUCAGAUAAACAGAACUUUACUGUAACAGUUUAUGAAGCCAGGAAAGAUCGCUACGGUGGUCGUGUGUGGACAGAUAAAUUGACAGAUAUGAAAGCCAGAGGUGCAGAAGUUGACCUUGGCGGCUCUGCCCUGAGUGUCAUAUCCAAGGAAAACCCACUGAUUGAGCUAGCAGAGCAGUUUGAUUUGAAGAUGGCUUCAGUCAAGGAUCUCCAGUUUAUUGUACCUUGGGAAAAGAAGGCCUACACUGGUGCAGAACUCUCAGAUAUCACACACCAAGCUGCACAGAUUUUAGGACAAGCAAUAAAUCAGUCCAGAGCUGAGAAGGUUGAGAUCUCAAUGAAAGAGGCCAUUGACAGAGUGAUAGCCACAGGGGAGAUUAUUGACUCAGCCAGUGCUGGAGCUCAUUUUGUGAAAUGUUUGCCUUCAUACAUCCUUGAUAACUACUCAACACGGAACUACAAACCUGAAGCAUUGGAUGUGGGAUAUGAUAAAGUAUUGCUGGAUGGGAUGGGGGAGCUUUUAGACAGGCUUGUAAGUGGAUCUACAGAUGAACCGCCUCUUCACUUGAAUCUUAACAAAGUUGCCAGACAAAUUAAAGUUGACAAAGAGAAGAAGAAGGUUGUGGUUCGAUUCCGUGACGGCUUGCAAGUGUUUGCUGAUAUGGUUGUGGUUGCCAUUCCUGUAUCUGUGAUUGCAUCUGGAGAAUUACUGUUUGAACCUGAGCUGCCCAAAAAGUAUACACUUGCUGUACAGGAAAUAAAUGUGGCGGCAGCCAAUAAGGUGAUUCUUGAAUUUGAGCAUGUGUUUUGGCCAGCUGAGUUUGGUGUGUUCACUAGAGCUGUCGGAUCAGAUGCUGAAAGAGGAAACCUCCAGACGUGGGUUAACAUCAACCGGUUUCUAGCUAAAUGUGUCCUAAUUGGUUUUCUGUUUGGACAACCAGCUGUGGAGUUUGAAAAACUCGACCCUGAGGAAGCAAAAAACCUGGCUCUAAAUGUUCUUAACGAGAUGUUUGGUGAGGAUCUGGUGAAGCAAGGUGGAAAACUGGUCAGAUUUCAGCAAUCUAAAUGGGUCACAGAUCCUUUUUCUCUGGGGACAAGUUCCUAUCCCAAAGUUGGAAGUGACCCAGGAUUAUGGGAUACUUUUGCUGCGCCUUUGUGUCCCUAUAUUUACUUUGCUGGAGAGCAUACUACCUUUGAAGGUCAUGGAACUAUUCAUGGGGCAUACAAUUCUGGUAUCCGUACUGGCAACCAGAUUCUCACAGGACUGUGUGAAACUCUAAGGAAGGAAGAAGAGCGCAGAAAAGCUGAAGAGAGACGGAAGAAAGCAGAAGCUAAGAAAAACAAAACAGCAGAUGAAUUGCAUGAUAACAAGAGUCAAGAAGAUGAAACUGAUGACAUUGUUGAAGAUGAUGAAACUAUGAAAGAUGAUGCUGAAGAUGUUGAGGAAGUAGGAAAGAGAGAUGUUAAGACUGAAUUAUAA